AUGGGCGAAGCGAUGACUUCAGCCGCUAUCCCCGUCGUGGUGGAAUUCUCUGGCGGUCUGGAAAUGCUCUUCGCCGACAAGCAGCGUCUCACCCUGAAUGUCCCAGCCACAGACAAGGACAACAAGCCCGCCACCAUCGCCUACCUGGUAGACUACCUCUGUGAAGAGGAGAUGGGGGACGCACGCAAGGACCUGUUUGUCCUAGACGGACACCUUCGACCGGGGAUCCUCGUCCUCAUCAACGACGCAGACUGGGAGCUCGAAGGCGAGGAGGCCUACGAGCUGCAGUCGGGCGACAACGUGCUCUUUGUUUCCACGCUCCAUGGAGGCUAG